AAAAAAACAUGCAUUUAAAGAAGCGCUCAAAUAAAGAAAAGAGUUUUGUUUGUAAACUUUAAGGUCAGCAUUGCAUUUUCUUUUAGGAAUUUUGUCUGAAACAUCUAUCUCAACCAACUAUGUCCACUCAAAAAGCAGAAAAUGUCAUCAUGGAUGCUUUCUGCGAUCCAGACCACCCGAUAGCGGUAGACUUUAAAAAGGUUGUAGCUGCUCAAAAAGCCAUUGGAGACGCAGUUGUAAAAACACCAUGCCGUCAAUCCCAGAUGUCCGACAUGUUCAACAUGGAAAUUUACUUCAAGAAAGAGUUUCUUCAGUACACAGGGAGCUUCAAAGAAAGAGGAGCAAGGAACAGCCUGUUGAACCUGACUCCGGCGCAGAAAAAGAAAGGAGUAAUAGCAGCCAGUGCCGGGAACCAUGCCUUAGCUUUGUCGUAUCAUGGAAAGUGUCUCGGGAUACCAGUGUCUGUUGUCAUGCCAACAGUAGCUCCACUGAUGAAAAUAAAGGCGUGUGAGAAAUUUGGAGCAAAUAUCACAAUUUCAGGAAACAACGUUUGCGAUUCCAGAGUUAUUGCACUGAAAAUGGGUCAAGAGAGAGGACUGAUGUAUAUAAACGGAUACGACCAUCAAGAUAUAAUAGCUGGGCAGGGCACGAUUGGCUUGGAGAUUGUAGAACAAGUACCUGACCUUGAUGCAUGCAUAAUUCCCAUUGGAGGAGGGGGUAUGAUAUCUGGAACUGCUCUAGCCAUCAAGACAAAAUGUCCACAUGUUAAAAUCAUAGGUGUUGAGCCAGAGCACAGUCCCAGUUUCCAAGCAGCCAUGAAAGCCGGGAAACCAACUUUUACAUUGACAACUCCUACACUUGCCGAUGGUUUGGCUGUUCCAACUGUCGGAGUGAAUUCAUUUGAGACUGCACAUAAAUUGAUAGACCGCAUCGUCACCGUAAAUGAAGAGAGUAUAGCAUUGGCUAUCCUGAGGUGUAUAGAGUUGGAGAAAGCCGUAGUGGAGGGUGGUGGAGCUGCAGGAUUGGCCGCCAUCAUUCAAGGACUUGUACCUGAACUGGAAGGCAAAAAAGUCGUGGUAAUCCUAAGUGGCGGUAACAUUGACACAACAGUGCUUGAUCGUGUGAUUGAGAGAGCUUUGGCUGAAGAUGAAAGGUUGGUCAGAUUCAAAGUUUCUGUCAGUGACAGACCAGGAGGUAUUGCAGAACUGACGAAAAUAGUCGCUGAUCUUGGAGUCAGCAUCAAGGACAUAUUCCAAGAGAGGCCAUGGGAGAAACAUGAUGUAUUUUCUGUGAUGGUGAAGGUCGUCUGUGAAACACGUGAUGCCGAACACAGCAAACAGUUACAUGAUGCUAUCAAGAAACACUACCCAAAUAGCCAUCUGAUUUGGGGACCAUCAUAUGAUUAACUGAGCUAUGCAAAUAAGAGUUCAAGUGAUUUUUGUUUCUAUCUAAAGUGUUUUAGUUAUUCAGAAGUUAUCCAUAAAAUAAUAAUAUUCUUUUAUUAAUAAGUACAUUCAAUAAACAUUUAAAAGACUUUUAAAAUGACAAUAGGCAAGAAAAUAAUAUUUUGCCCAAAACUGUUGAUGAAUUGUUUGUUUUUUCAAUUCGUUUUUAGAUUGUUGCCAUUUUAAGCGAUUCAAAAUUUUGGUGUUUAAAACAAUGAAAGGGAUAGUUAUUUCUUCCUAUAUAAUUUAAUCUUGACCAGGAAAAGCUGUACAAUAGAAAUAAAAUAGCAUGCCUCAAGUUAAUAUUUAA